GCCCGCUCCGGGCCCUCUGACCCACUGCUCGCCCACCCGUCUGCCGCCGCCCCCCGGCUGUCAGUCGGUCUGUGUCCCCAGGACCAUGGGGGCCGUGCGGCCGCUGACUGUCGGGUUGCCCCCUCUACUGCUACUGCUGCUGAGCACUUCGUGUGGCUUGAUCUCCGGGGAAGUGUGCCCAAGCAUGGACAUUCGGAAUAACCUGACACAAUUGAACAUGUUGGAGCGCUGCUCUGUCAUUGAGGGCAACUUGCAGAUACUGCUGAUGUUUAAAACAAAGCCUGAAGAUUUCCGGGACCUCAGUUUCCCCAGACUUACCAUGAUCACAGAGUACUUGCUGCUUUUUCGAGUAUAUGGGCUUGAGAGCCUCAAGGACCUUUUCCCCAACUUGACAGUCAUUCGUGGGUCCCGUCUCUUUUUCAACUAUGCCUUGGUCAUCUUCGAGAUGGUCCACCUCAAGGAGAUUGGCCUCCACAGCCUAAUGAACAUCACCCGGGGGGCUGUGCGCAUUGAGAAGAAUAAUGAGCUAUGUUACUUGUCAACCAUCGACUGGUCUCAGAUUCUAGACUCAGUGGAGGACAACUAUAUUGUGGAUAACAAAGAUGACAAAGAAGAGUGUGGGGAUGUCUGCCCGGGGGCAGUGAAGGGAGUCAACAGCUGCAAGUCCACGGUGAUCAACGGCCAGUUUAUUGAACGGUGCUGGACCCACAACCAUUGCCAGAAAGUGUGUCCACCCUCAUGUAAGUGGCAGGGCUGCACGGCGAGUGGACAGUGUUGCCACAGUGAAUGUCUGGGUAACUGCUCUGAGCCCAACGACCCGGAGAAGUGUGUGGCCUGCCGAAAUUUCUAUCUGGAUGGCAAGUGCGUGGAGUCAUGUCCUCCAGACUAUUACCACUUCCAGGACUGGAGAUGUGUGAACUUCAGUGUCUGUCAGGAGCUUCACAACAAAUGUAAAAACUCCCGGAAGCCCUCAUGCCCCCAGUAUGUCAUCCACAACAACAAGUGUAUCCCUGAGUGUCCCUCUGGCUACACCAUGAACUCUACCAACCUGCAUUGUUCUCCUUGCUCCGGUCCCUGUCCGAAGGUCUGUAACAUCGAGGCUGACCGGACCAUUGACUCCGUGCAUGCUGCCCAGGCCCUUCGAGGGUGCACGGUCAUCAACGGGAGCCUUGUCAUCAACAUCCGUGGUGGCAAUAACAUAGCAGCCGAGCUGGAAGCCAAUCUGGGUUUAAUUGAGGAGAUCACGGGGUACCUUAAGAUCCGUCGUUCCUACGCCUUAGUGUCCCUCUCCUUCUUCCGGAAGCUGCACCUCAUUCGAGGAGAGACCCUGGAAAUUGGGAACUACUCCUUCUAUGCCCUGGACAAUCAGAACCUGAGGCAGCUGUGGGACUGGAGCAAACACAACCUCACCAUCGCCACGGGGAAGCUGUUCUUCCACUAUAACCCCAAACUCUGCCUGUCCGAAAUCCACAAGAUGGAAGAAGUUUCCGGCACAAAGGGCCGGCAGGAGAGGAAUGACAUUGCGUUGAAGACCAACGGUGACCAAGCUUCUUGUGAAAAUGAGCUACUCAGGUUUUCUUCCAUCAGAACCUCUCAUGACAAGAUCUUACUGAGAUGGGAGCCUUAUUGGCCUCCUGAUUUCCGAGAUCUGUUGGGAUUCAUGCUGUUCUACAAAGAAGCGCCUUACCAGAAUGUGACCGAGUUUGAUGGCCAGGAUGCCUGCGGGUCCAAUAGCUGGACAGUGGUUGAUGUUGAACCCCCAGUGAGGUCGAAUGAUCCCAAGACACAGAAUCAACACCCAGGGUGGUUGAUGCGAAACCUGAAGCCAUGGACCCAGUACGCCAUCUUUGUGAAGACCCUGGUCACCUUCUCUGAUGAACGGAGAACCUAUGGUGCCAAGAGUGAGAUCAUUUAUGUCCAGACCAAUGCCACUGUUCCUUCAGUCCCAUUAGACCCAAUAUCCGUUUCCAAUUCUUCAUCCCAGAUCAUUUUAAAAUGGAAACCACCCUCUGAGCCAAAUGGUAAUAUUACGCACUACUUAGUGUACUGGGAGAAGCAAGCUGAGGACCUUGAGCUCUACGAACUUGAUUACUGCCUUAAGGGGUUAAAGUUGCCAUCCAGGACCUGGUCCCCUCCUUUUGAGUCUGAAGAUUCUCAGAAACACAACCAGAGCAACCACGAGGAUCCCAAUGGAGAAUGUUGCUCUUGUCCGAAGACUGACUCCCAGAUCUUGAAGGAGCUGGAGGAGUCUUCCUUUAGGAAGAUGUUUGAAAAUUACCUCCACAAUGAGGUUUUCAUCCCCAGAAAAGCAUCCUCAGGGAAUGGCGCUGACGACUCUAGGCCGGCGAGGAGGCGAAGGGAUCUCCGGGUUCGUGUGGCAAACAUGACCGUGGUGACACCCACGGGGUCCUCGCUCUCCAACGCCUCUUCCACGACGGCGCCUGCCAGCACGGAGGAACCAAAGCCCUUCGAGAAGGUGAAGUCUAAGGAGUCCCUGGUCAUCUCCGGCCUUCAGCAUUUUACUGGUUACAGAAUUGAGCUCCAGGCAUGCAACCAUGACGAGCAGGAGUCCAGGUGUGGCCUCGCCGCCUAUGUCAGCGCUAGAACCAUGCCUGAAGCCAAAGCUGAUGAUAUUGUCGGUGCAGUGACCCAUGAAGUGCUUGAGAACGUUGUCCAUUUGCGAUGGCAGGAGCCUAAACAUCCCAAUGGCCUUAUUAUUCUGUAUGAAGUCAAUUACUGGCGUGUUGGAGACACUGAGGAGCUGCAUCUCUGUGUUUCUCGCAAACAUUACGCCCACGAACAGGGCUGUAGACUUCGAGGUCUCCAGCCAGGCAACUACACCGUUCGCAUUCGAGCUACCUCUUUAGCUGGAAAUGGUUCAUGGACUGAGCACACCUACUUCUACGUUGCAGAUUAUUAUGUCCCAUCGAAUAUUGCAAAAAUUGUCAUUGGCCCAGUCAUCAUUAUCGUUUUCUUGAUCAGCACGGUUGCAGCUGUUUAUGUCUUUGUGAAGAAGAGGCAAACGGAAGGACCGACAGGCCCUCUGUUCGCGUCUUCCAAUCCAGAAUACCUCAGUGCCAGUGAUGUUUAUGUACCAGACGAGUGGGAAGUAGCUCGAGAGAAAAUCAGCCUCCUCCGUGAGCUUGGCCAAGGCUCCUUUGGCAUGGUCUACGAGGGCAAUGCCAAGGACAUCGUCAAGGGGGAGGCCGAGACCCGUGUGGCCGUGAAGACGGUGAAUGAAUCUGCCAGCCUCCGGGAACGUAUUGAGUUCCUGAAUGAGGCCUCCGUCAUGAAGGGCUUCAGCUGCCAUCAUGUGGUCCGCCUCUUGGGGGUGGUCUCCAAAGGACAGCCCACCCUGGUGGUCAUGGAGCUGAUGGUGCAUGGAGACCUGAAGAGUUACCUCCGCUCCCUACGGCCAGACGCAGAGAACAACCCUGGUCGCCCUCCCCCCACCCUCCGGGAGAUCAUACAGAUGGCCGUGGAGAUUGCGGAUGGCAUGGCCUAUUUGAAUGCCAAGAAAUUUGUUCACAGAGACCUUGCUGCCCGAAACUGUAUGGUUGCCGAAGACUUUACUGUAAAGAUAGGAGACUUUGGGAUGACCAGAGACAUCUAUGAGACAGAUUAUUAUCGAAAAGGGGGCAAGGGCUUGCUGCCAGUGAGGUGGAUGGCACCAGAAUCUUUAAAAGAUGGCGUCUUUACUACCUAUUCGGAUGUAUGGUCCUUUGGCGUGGUCCUGUGGGAGAUCAGCAGCCUGGCUGAGCAGCCUUACCAAGGCCUGUCUAAUGAGCAGGUCCUGAAAUUUGUGAUGGAUGGAGGGUACCUGGACCAACCUGAUAACUGUCCAGAGAGAGUGAACAGCCUGAUGCAGAUGUGCUGGCAGUAUAACCCCAAGAUGCGCCCCACCUUCAUCGAGAUCAUCGAGAUGCUGAAAGACGACCUCCACCCCAGCUUCCGGGAGGUCUCCUUCUUUUACAGCGAGGAAAACAAGCCCCCCGAAAGUGAGGAGUUUGAGAUGGACUUUGAGAAUAUGGAAAGCAUCCCCCUGGACCCUUCUUCUUACUCUCAGAGGGAUGAGGUCCUGGGGAGGGACAAUGGGCCAUCCCUGGGCCUUAAGGGGAACUAUGAGGAGCGGAUUCCUUAUACCCACAUGAACGGGGGCAAGAAGAACGGACGCAUCCUCUCCUUGCCAAGGUCGAACCCUUCCUAACGUUUCCCUGCUGGGGAUGAGUGUUUAAGCCUCUCCCUGGGGCUCCGAUGUUCUCACCGGAUGGACGGCCCGCCCCACUCCGGGAAAUCUCAGGAUUCCUCUGAUUGCUGCCGUGUGACUGACACACGCCUCAGACCUGCCCCCUCCUGCCCCUGCCACCCCCUUCUCAUUUCUGUCCCAUGACUCGGGUGCCGAGUUUCGUUUCUGUCACUGGCCGCCACCGAGGCCGUGCCUGGCUGUCUGUGGACCUCACUGUGAAAGCCGUGCCCUGGGGGAAAGCCUCCUGGGGCUGCUGGCCUUCGGGUCCCCACCGCUCCCAACCGGCAAGCUCCCGAGCUGCGAGAGAAGUUUGGCCGGCUGUGUUUGUGAGCACAGGACGUUUUGCCAGGGUCCAGGUUUCUCCAAGCAAAGCACUUGUUUGUGGGAAAAAAACAAAAACAAAAAGGAAAACUUUCAAAAGUGGGGGUGGAGGGACCCAACCAAGCCACAAAGAAGCCCAUACACAAAUCCUUUUCCAGCAUAAUUCCAGGCUUUUCAGGAUACUCCCCAGAAAACAUUUCUUUUGUUUAAGACUGAAGAAUAUUUUUUAAGAAAAAAAAAAAA